AUGACUGCCACUUCUUACAUUUUAGCUCAACUAGAAGCUUUGCAGGCCGAGGAAUAUGAGAAUGAAAAGAAAAGCAUUCAGCUUCUUCAUGUUCAAGACUCAAGAGAUGAAUUAGAGGACUUGGACUCUGGAUCUUCAUCACCCAAGCUGGUACCUCAAGGAGGAGGCAUAUGCUCUCGUAUUAUUUUCUUUCUACUCCUCACAGGGCUUGUGCUUCUCACGGUGCUAAUUUUCUUUGAAGCACGCUCAGCAAGAGAAGUGGAUCUUCCCUUGGAAGCAUCAAGGUUUUCAGCCAUUUUUGAUGGUUUAGUGGAGGAUCACAUGGAGCAGCCAGAAGAGGCACCAGCUUAUGAUACAGAAGAACCUGUUGCUGAGCAAGACUUCAGAGCUGACCUCUUCCCUCCCAGUGAUCAGAUUGAGCCUUCAUCAACAAUGGACAAGCUCACUGUUCCUGUCGUUGAUUGGGCUUCAAGUGCAGAAACUACAGGCAUUGUUCAGCCUGAAGCAGCAACUCACACAGAUGAGCCUGUCAUUGAGACUGAAGCCAUCCAUGCUAGUGCUUCAGCUGCUUUAGGAGAUAUGAGCACACCUUCAUCAGAAGAACCCACUCCUGAUGCUGCAAUAUUUCGCAUAGCAGCCGGACUUUUGGGGAUGAUAGCACUGCACAUCCUGUUGGUCAUCCUCGGGUUUGCCCGUCAGGAAGUGACACGGCACCAUGCCAUCCCUGUGAUUCAUGUGCAUGAACCACCAAUGGAGUCAGAAGUAGAACCUCAGAUGGCAACAACAGUCACUAUUGAUCAUCAUAAGGAAGAAGAACAGGUACAGGAGGAAGAUAAGGAGUCUGUUGUCCCAGCCAUGGAAUAUGGAGAAUGGGGACCUGGUACAUCUUUCUAUGAAGAAGCAAGUCUUGAGGUAAUGGAUGAAAUGCAUCACUACUCCAUGUCUGGAGCACCAUCGCUCAAUGGGGAGAAAGUGACAUUUCAUAUGGAAGGUGCAAAGAAGCAAACAGUUUUUAAUGAUGAAACAACUCCAGAAAUGGAGGAACAUUCAAGGGAUGAUGAAGAUGUGAGUGAUGUGACUGAAGAAACUCAGGAACAGGAGCUUGUGAAUCCUGUUACUGAAAAGACUUGGGAAAUGCCUGAGUAUUCUUUGUCACCAGAAGAACAAAUUGAGGUAUUUGAGGAAUCCCCUGAAGGAUACAAAUCAGAACAUCUCACUGGGGAACUACCACCAUUAGAGAGGGAACAUGACAAGAGUAGUGAAUCUAAUGAAAUUAAAUUAGACUCAGAGCAGGAACUAGGAGAUUUGGAAGUUCCCCCAAUGGGAACUGAGCCUCAUGAUGCUCAGUAUCAGACAGAUGUUGAGCUGGAGCUAGAUGGUGUCCACACUCAUGGACUUGCAGAAGAGGAGCCAGAUCAAGAGUCUGCGGAGCAAGAACAACCUUAUCCAGGAUUCCAGGAUUCCAGGCAAGAAAGGGAAGGUUCUGAGCCUCAUUUACAGCAGGUUCACCAAGGAAGAGGAGGCUUGCCCACAUAUGAAACGGAGGAGUCUCUCCAAUCACUUGAAGAGAGAGGACCAUAUGAAGUUGAGGAGUCUCUUCAAUCGCUUCAAGAAAGAGAGCCAUAUGAAGCUGGAGGAGAGUCAAUGGAAAAUUUGGCUGAAGAGAUUUCAGGGCCCCACGAAGAAGAAACUUUGACAAUUCCCUCUGAUGUGGAAAUGCGUGAAGAUGAUAUGGAAUUUCACGAAGCGGAGAAGGAACUGUUGGAUGCAGAACAGACACUUCAUGCAAUAGAAAUACCCAAAGAACAGCCUAGCUCAGAAGAAUCCAGUCAUGUGGAAGCUGAAGAGAACUUCCCCAGUGACAGUCACAAUGUCCAUGGACCAGAUGAUGCAAACUUCAAGGAGCCAGAAGAGACAAGUCACUCCGCUUAUAUGCCUGAUUGGGACGAGGAGAGUGAGGAGGCUGAACAACGUGUAGAAGAGUUGGCACCCUUGUCCAACCCUUUCCCAACACAGAUCAAGCACUCCGUUGCUCAAUUGCGAGAAACCAUUCAAGAUUUCUCAACCAUCUUGGAUGUGAAUCCCAAAUCACACGGAGCUCUGUAUGGAUAUGCUCAUGCUCUGGAUCGUCUUGCACAAUUACUGAGUAGUAAUGAUGUGUUGGAUGAUGCCCUGGAUGCCUUUCGGAAGCUUUUAAGCCUUCCACAUCGGCAGGUCCCUGCCAAACUUUAUAAGAAGGCACUCAGGAGAUUUGUUGAGCGUCUUCAGUUCAGAGGGCAUUUGCAAGGUGCAGUUGAAGUUUUGGAAGCAGCUGUGAGAGAUUUCCCUGAUGAGAAGGAAUGGAGGAAUUCCCUUGCUGUUGGAUAUCUCCUCCUUGGUGAGAAUGAUCUGGCUAAAGAAGCCCUGGAGGAUACUCUUGAACUUUGGCCUGAGGAUGGCUUUGCCAAAGUGCAUUUGGGCUUCAUAUACAAAGUCAUCAUUCAUAACUAUGCCAAGGGAGCUGAGCUUAUGGAGGAAGGUAUCAACACAAAUGAAGAGGGCACCCAUGAUGGUCGCUUCUAUUAUCAUCUUGGUGAUGCCUAUAUUAGGCUGAAGAAGCAGGCUCAGGCUGAUGCAAUUCAUGAGAAAGGAGCAAAGGAAGGGAUUUUCUUGUCAACUCAGCAGAGAUCAUUAUAUAAUGUGGAUCAUCUCAAAGCCCAGCCCUGGUGGACAAACCGGGAGACAACUUAUGAAAAAGAUCUUGAGGCUAUGGAAGAGCGAUGGGAGCAGAUCAUGGAAGAGGUGAAUCCUCUCAUUAGAUCAGGAGCUAAAGAAUUUUCUGAUGAGUCAGAAGAUCUACGUGAUGGAGGCAGCUGGAAGGAGCUUAUUCUUUUUGCACGAGGACGAAGGCACAGUCAGAAUUGCAAUCUGGUGCCAAGGACAUGUGGGAUUCUUGAGGCAUUCCCAGCUGCAAGUCAGUGUCGGCGAGGACAAGUAAAAUUCAGUCUCAUGCAGCCUAGAACUCAUGUUUGGCCUCACACAGGUCCAACCAACUGUCGGUUGAGGGCUCACCUUGGCCUUGAAGGCCUCCAAGGGGCCGCAAUUCGUGUCGCCAAUGAAACCAGGACAUGGAAACUAGGAAAAUUCAUCAUAUUUGAUGAUUCAUUUGAGCAUGAAGUUUGGCAUAAUGGGACAACUGAUCGGUUGGUUCUCAUUGUGGACAUGUGGCAUCCAGGGCUCAACGAGCAAGAGAGACACACACUUCCUGCCAUUUAAUUGGACUAUGCACUUUACUUAAUCAAAUGAAUCUCAGAGAUUGUCCAGGAAGCUCAUCAUAUCAUAAUCUCGUUAUUUAUUGCAGCUGUAGCUCAAGUCCUAUGCACACUUAUUUAGACUGAAAGUGGACUUUUACAAAUGCAGCUUUUGAUUUAUAUCCAUGUUUUUCUAAGUAGGAAACAUUUAUUGGACAGUUCCUAGUCUGUGGCAACCAAAGAAUGGGGGCUUCCACUGUGUUCUUUCACUUCUCAUGGAGUUGAGAAAUCUCUCACUGACUCUUCUUGCUUAAGUGUGAUAAAUUUUGUGAUCUUGCAGAAUGGAGCUUCUGUUGCAUAAUGCAUUUUUCAUGCAAAAUCAACUCUUUUCAGCCAUUGAGAAAAAGUAUGCCUUGCAAUUUUGUACAUUACUUGGACAUUGCAAUCCCUUGGGACAUAACAUGCAAAGCCAAAAGAUUUUCCUCCCUCAACUUAAAAGAAAGAAGGUGGUUAUUUUAUGCUUCAAGUGCCUUAUGUGCCACAUUGGGGGCAACUGCUCAGGUCGGAUGAGGUGCUAAUAUGUUUAUAUCUUCUUGAUACAGUUUAUCAGUAUAUCUAGCAUUUUCCUUGUGGAGUUUGUUUUUCUCCCACCUCUAGAGACUGUUUAUAUUUGUUUGUUUUAUAACAAAGUUUCAUGGAUUGUUUGGAAAUAAGUAUGAAAUUGGUG